AUGAGUAAGCGCGAGGUCGCCAACAACCAGGAACCGCAGUCCGGCGAGGCUGCGGCAGAUUCUCACGCCACACCGCAAAAAAUUGACGCGCCAGCUAGCGGAAAACAGGAGAGAAAAUCCGAUGUGAAGGCAGUGCAGCGAGGAGAAGACCGCUCGAACGCCAAGGGCGAUUCGAAGCAGGAAACUGCCGCCUCAAACGCUAGCCAUGGCGGAAACGGCGCCUCGUCGAACUAUGGAGGACGCGGAAGCGGAAACAACAAAAUGAGCUUCGCGCGCAUGGACUCCUACGCCUCGGUAGCCAAGGGUGCAACCAAUAUGCAGGAGGGGCAGAAUUACAGAGGAUACUACCGCAACGACCAGCACCGCCGACGCGCGGAUUACGACGCCGAAGACGAGGACAUCGUGAAGGCCAUGAUGAAGCUGCAUCGCAACAGGUUUAGGGAAUUCAGGAAGCUCAACGACAACCAGUACCGCGAGCGCGAAGCGCCAAACUCCCAGGUGGCGGAGGAGGAGCGCGCGCCGCGCACAGAGGAGACGCAGAACUCCCAGGAACCCCUCUCGACGUACUCCAGCACCGACUCGGUGGCGGUGCAGCCUACGCAGCAGAACCGACGCCAGGGCGCCGGGGAGAGCGACGAGCAGCCGGCCGGAAACUCCGCCGAGCUGAAAAAUUCGAGGUCGUCCGACGGCAUGUCAGCCGACGCGGCGGAGCAAAACGAGGCCGCUGGCGACGAGACAAACGCGUUCGCCGCACGGCCCAGGCGACACGACGGCGUGCGCAACAACUACGUCGACCGCAGGCGCAAGAACUUCAACGACCGCUUCCCGGCAGACGGCGAGGAGCGCGCAUUCGGCACAUACAACAGGUACAAAAACAAGUACAACAACCACAACAACGCCAAGCGCGACUUCAAGAAGGAGGAAAAGCCGCAGGAGGCCUGA